CUCAAUUUCAAUAAUGGCUGCCUAGUUCUCAUUGGCUGCAUCGCACUCACUUCCUCUUUCUUAUUACCUUCCAUCUUCUUCUUCUUCCCAUUAUUAUUAUUAUCAUAUCAUCAAUAUUGACAUCAUCUGAUGCUAUUUUUAGCACUUGUUUUCUAUUUUCGUUCAAUUGUUUAUGGGGUCGACAGCGAAGCUUUGAGUGUACUUCACUAUGAUGGGAUUCUAUAAGUUUCUAUUCAAGGAUUUAAAGUCAAAUUAGGUUUAUUUUGCUUUGAUUUCCUGUUUGUCAGGAGUUGUCCACGAGUUUGCUUCAGAUUUUCCAUUUUUAGGGUUUUAAUGGAUUCAGAUCUCCACCACCAUCAUCAACAGCAGCAGCAGCUGCACCAACCGCAGCAAAUCAUGAACUCUGGUUUAACGCGAUACCGAUCUGCACCCAGUUCCUAUUUCUCCAACUUGAUUAACAGUGGCAUAUAUGGAGAUGAUAGUGACCCCUUUUUCAAUCCUCGGGUUUCAAACGCUGAGACGGAUCAGAUUUUAUCAAGAUUCACCUCUCCAGGCGCUGCUGCUGAUUCAACAUCUCAUCAGAUUAUGAAUCAAAUUGCUGGAUAUGAACCACAGUUCAUGGAUUCUGUGAAGCAGGAACAAGAGGGGAUUUAUUCAGAGCCACAACAACAGCAGCAGCAAACGAUGCUUUAUCAAAACCAAUUUCAAUCUCAAACGGAUCAUGAUAACCCGCCUGUCGCCACCUGUAGCUCCAUCUUAGAUGACUCGUUACCGUCAAUGAAUCUCCCCACCAAUCUCCUCCGCCAGAGUAGCUCACCAGCCGGAUUUUUUGCUCACCUUGAUAUCGACAAUGGUUACUCUGUGAUGAGAUCCAUGGAUGACUUUGGAGCUGGUAGGGCAAGUGUACCAGAUUCAUUACUCUCUUCCACAAAGAGAUUGAAAAGUGAAUUGGGGUUUUCAUCUGGUUCACAUUCAUCUUCUGGCAUCCUGCCUCGUAUCCCUGAAAACGAUAGCAAAAUUAUGGGAGUGAAAAGCUCCCGUAAUGAUGGAGGUUUUGGUGAAACUCAUUCACAGGAUGAGGGUUAUGUUGCCAGAUUCCAGAGUGGUUCUUGGGAUGAUUCGGACAUCUUAUCUGAUAGUUUCCUGAAAGAACUUGGUGAAAAUGACCAUAAGUUAUCAAAUCUAAACUCAUCUAGAAAUCAGCAGAAUCAUGGAGGGAGAACUCGUGCUCCCUCUACACUUGUUCAUCACAUGAGUUUGCCAACAAGCACUGCCGAGUUGGAUAAACUACUGCAAUUUCAAGAUUCUGUGCCCUUAAAGAGCAGAGCAAAAAGGGGUUGUGCUACUCACCCCAGAAGCAUUGCCGAGAGGGUGAGACGAACCCGAAUAAGUGAGAGAAUGAGGAAGCUACAAGAGCUUGUCCCAAAUAUGGACAAGCAAACAAACACAGCGGACAUGUUGGAUUUGGCGGUUGAUUAUAUCAAAGACCUUCAGAAAGAAGCCGAGACACUUUCAGACCAUCAUGCAAAAUGUACAUGUCCACAUAAACAGAAGGUGUAACACAAGUUUAAGCAGCCAGCGUAGGUAUGUCUUGCUUCUGUAAAUGAUUUAUGCAGAAAGUUAACCUUGAAUUAUUUUCAGUAAUCAGAAAACACUCGAAUAAGACUAUGCACCCGGUCAGUAAGUAGUAUUGGUGUAUAUGGAGGGAAUAACAACACUCCAUUAUUGUUGUAACUAUAGCUUAUUGUACAGUAAUGCUCAACUACAUUAAGCUUGUUCAA